AUGUCCUUCGCUUAUCCGCAUUUGACUGAGACUUUCUCUCUCGUGCCACAAAGCUAUGUUACGACAUCAUCCCCAUGCGAUGCAAGUCUGUAUCCUGAAGGCGGGAUAUCUACUCUGUUUGUUGGAAAAACCAACUGUCCCAUCUCAACCAACAGUCCCGCCUCCCGCCUGCAAACAGAGGUACCCAAGUCAACGCUGUCUGCAUCCAUUACGGAGCAGACGACACUAUCACCAGUCGCAUCGUCCUCAAGACUUUCUUCUGAGGUUCGUACGACGUCCAUCGCAACGUCUGCAUCUCGUACGACGGCGGCAACCAUCCCCGGUGUGAGCACUCCGGACGAGACGCGCUCUGCCUCCAGACCAUCGUUUUCUUGGAUAGCCAUUGCAGCUGCGGUGAUAUCCUUCGUCAUGCUUGCCGCAUCAGUCGCUCUUUGUUUGUGGCUGCGCAGAAGGAAGAGCCGAAAAUCUCAGAAGUCUUCGCGAAUCAUGCCCUUCGCUCCCGAUGCAAGGCCAGAUGACGUCAUUUCGGAUGCCCUCCGCGAACACAGAUGGUCGGAGAAACAGGCAAUCACCCAAACACAGGGACUUGUUUCAUCGCCAUCCUUACCACCUCUACCUUUCCACGAUGACCCGUGCAUCGUACCUGCUGCCGAGACAGCAAUAGCGACCAACUCCCACCGCAGUUCUUCGCCAUCCCCCACGUUCCGCAACAGUUCCACAUCGGAUCUCCCGAGGCAGAACACGCCCGAUGUUUCUCAUAGACGGCACGCUGCUGUGUCGCUCACAGAGACUUGCCGCUCCAUAGAAACCCAGCUGCCUCAAUACACGAGUUCUCCAUCUCCUGCGAUAGAAUCGUCAAUGGGAUUCCUCAAUCGCGACCCGUAUGCGUGGCAGCCACAAGCGAACGGCAUAGAAGGGGACUCUACCAACAGUAAUCAUGGCAGGUCGAGCAGCGGUCAGACGUUGCCGCCUGCUUAUCAGCCCCGACAAGAUGUUUUUUGCGAGAGCGAUGUGGAUGUAGUAUUAUCCAUAGAAUAGGCGGAUUGCCCGCGUGGAUCUUCAGAUAUACCGUUACUUACUAUGAUACCCGGAUCGGACGAGGACCACUUCAUUCGGCAAGAAUAAUGGACUGCUGCUUCGCAGGUGUAGAUGAAUCAUGUCGUUCGUGCAUUUGGUACGAUGGACGCGCUUUCGAGUUUAGAUAGCCGUG